UGCGGCCCAGCAGGCCCAGCAGCCCCGGGGCGGAUGGCACGGGCCGCCUGUCUCCUCCGCGCGUUCUCGCGCGCCCUCCUGCUCCAACUUCCUCUACUGCUGCUGCUGCUGCUACUGCUGCUGCUACUGCCACCGCCGCUGAUGGCCCGGGCCAGGCCACCGGAUAGCCACCAUCACCACCCUGGGAAGAGAGGACCUCAGCUCCCGCAUGCAGCUCUGACUAAUAGCUUGACAUCUGCCCCUGCAUCCCAUUGGGUCCCUAGUCCUGCUAGUAGCUCCAGACCUCCACGAUGUGGUGUGCCUGACCCACCUGAUGUGCUGAAUGCCCGAAACCGACAGAAGCGCUUCGUACUGUCAGGAGGGCGCUGGGAGAAGACAGACCUCACCUAUAGGAUCCUCCGGUUCCCAUGGCAGCUUGUAAGGGAGCAGGUCCAGCGGACGGUGGCAGAGGCUCUCCAGGUGUGGAGCGAGGUGACGCCCCUCACUUUCACCGAGGUGCACGAGGGACGCGCUGACAUCAUGAUUGACUUCGCCAGGUACUGGCAUGGGGACAACUUGCCGUUUGAUGGGCCUGGAGGCAUUCUGGCCCAUGCUUUCUUCCCUAAGACCCAUCGAGAAGGAGAUGUUCACUUUGACUAUGAUGAAACUUGGACUAUUGGGGACAACCAAGGUCCAGGCACAGACCUGCUACAAGUGGCAGCUCAUGAAUUUGGCCAUGUGCUGGGUCUGCAACACACCACAGCAUCUAAGGCCCUUAUGUCCCCUUUCUACACCUUCCGAUACCCACUGAGCCUCAGCCCAGAUGACCGGAGGGGCAUCCAGCACCUCUACGGCCGGCCCCAGCUGGCCCCUACCUCCCAAGCCCCAGCCUUAGGCUCCCAGGCUGGGAUAGAUACCAACGAGAUUGCCCUGGUGGAGCCGGAAACCCCACCAGAUGUCUGUGAGACUUCCUUUGACGCGGUUUCCACUAUCCGAGGCGAGCUCUUCUUCUUCAAGGCGGCCUUUGUGUGGAGGCUGCGCAGUGGGCAGCUGCAGCCUGGGUAUCCUGCUCUGGCCUCUCGGCACUGGCAAGGAUUGCCCAGCCCUGUGGAUGCAGCUUUUGAGGAUGCCCAGGGUCAUAUUUGGUUCUUCCAAGGUACCCAGUAUUGGGUAUAUGAUGGUGAGAAGCCAUUCUUAGGCCCUGAACCGCUUUCCGAGCUGGGACUUCAGAGUUCCCCGGUCCAUGCUGCCUUGGUCUGGGGUCCUGAGAAGAACAAGAUCUACUUCUUCCGAGGUGGAGACUAUUGGCGUUUCCACCCCAGAACCCAACGUGUGGACAAUCCUGUGCCCCGACGUGCCACUGACUGGCGAGGGGUACCUUCUGAGAUUGAUGCUGCCUUCCAGGAUGCUGAGGGCUAUGCCUACUUUCUGCGUGGCCAUCUCUACUGGAAGUUUGACCCUGUGAAGGUGAAGGUUCUGGAGGGCUUUCCUCGCCUUAUAGGCCCUGACUUCUUUGACUGUGCAGAACCCGCCAAUACUUUCCGUUGACACCUUGGACGCACUCAGGGCUACUGACCCCUGCCAGGUCACUUAUAUUAUUAAAGAGACCCACAGUCGCCAUCUUUGCAGCUUCAGGCAUGGGAUAGACAGAGCCUAUGUCUCCUCAGGGGAGUGGGUUGGUUUUUAUGGCACCAUUUGCAAGGAGGGCCAUGCUGGUCAUGGUCACCUGUCAGCGACUGUCUCAGACAGGGCAAAGGCUUUGGCAUGACUUAAUAAGGGAGAUCUUGGGCCAACAAUAUACCACUUAUGUAGAUUAUGGCCAACCUGGCUGCCAGCAGUCUCAUCUCUGCCCCUCAAAGCAGAACCUCUCCGAAGGAAUGUGGGGACCACAGUGUCUUCAUUCUAUUUUUGUACUGAGGUUCCUGUGGGUAGUGGUUAGUGAGGAGAUGCUCAGGGUACCAUUCUGCCCUAGCCAAGUAGCUGGGCCUCAGGGUAGCAUCUUCCUGAUAAGUCAACUCUGGGGAGAUGCUAGACUGAUUGCCUUCUGGCGGGUGAGUCAGAGAUGUAUUUCCCAGCCAAAAGGUACAGAGCCAGCCAGCCAGCCAGCCAGCCAGCCAGCCAGGGAGGCAGCUGCUUCCCCAGGGAGACUCUGAACCUCAGAGGCCCCUACAUACCUCACAGCCUUGCCCUGGGCCAUUUCUUCCUGGGGGGGGGGGCUUUCCUAGCACAGGUACCUUCCAAAGCCAUGUAAAUGUGUAUACAGUGUGUAAAGCCUUUCUUUUCUUUUCUUUUCUUUUUUUUAAAGCCGAGACCGUCAUUAAACAUGAGUGUUUUCUAA